AUGGAUUUAAAAUUUUUCUUCAAAUACCUACAUUUCAUUGAUCAAAUUAAAAAUCUUUAUAAAAAUCCUUCAAAAUUUAAUAAUCUUUCAAUUUUUGAUUUCAUGUCAAUAUUUUCUUUAUCAAUUGCUUCAACACCAAUUUCUUAA